AUGCAGGGCGCCUGGGUGCUGCUGCUGCUGGGCCUCAGGCUCCAGCUGUCCCUAAGCGUCAUUCCAGUGGAGGAGGAGAACCCGGCAUUCUGGAAUCAGAAGGCAGCUGAGGCCCUGAAUGUUGCCAAGAAGCUGAAGCCCAUUGAGACAUCAGCCAAAAACCUCAUCAUCUUCCUGGGAGAUGGGAUGGGGGUGCCCACAGUGACAGCUACUCGGAUCCUAAAGGGACAGUUGGAAAAUCACCUAGGACCUGAGACACCUCUGGCCAUGGACCACUUCCCGUACAUGGCUCUGUCCAAGACAUACAGUGUGGACAGACAGGUCCCAGACAGUGCAAGCACAGCCACAGCCUACCUGUGUGGGGUCAAGACCAACUACAAGACCAUCGGCGUGAGCGCGGCAGCGCGAUUCGACCAGUGCAACACCACGUUUGGCAACGAGGUCUACUCAGUGAUGUAUCGUGCCAAAAAAGCAGGGAAAUCCGUAGGCGUGGUGACCACUACCAGGGUGCAGCACGCCUCCCCCGCAGGCACAUAUGUUCACACGGUGAACCGCAAUUGGUAUGGGGAUGCUGAUAUGCCUGCCUCGGCGCUGCAGGAGGGCUGCAAGGACAUCGCCACACAGCUCAUCUCCAACAUGGACAUUAAUGUAAUCCUUGGUGGGGGCCGAAAAUACAUGUUUCCCUCAGGAACCGAAGACCCUGAGUAUCCAAAUGAUGUUAAUUCAACUGGAACCCGUUUGGAUGGCAAGAACCUGGUGGAGGAAUGGCUGUCAAAGCGUCAGGGAUCCCAGUAUGUUUGGAACCGUGAACAACUCAUUCAGAAGUCCCUGGAUCCGUCAGUGACAUAUCUCAUGGGCCUCUUUGAGCCUGUAGACACAAAAUUCGAGAUUCAACGAGACCCACUGAUGGACCCGUCUCUGAGGGAUAUGACAGAGGCGGCCCUGCGAGUGCUAAGCAGGAAUCCCAAAGGCUUCUACCUCUUUGUGGAGGGGGGCCGAAUCGACCGUGGCCACCAUCAGGGCACAGCUUAUCUGGCGCUGACUGAGGCGGUGAUGUUUGACUCAGCCAUCGAGAGGGCCAGCCAGCUCACCAGUGAGCAGGACACACUGACCAUAGUCACUGCUGACCACUCCCAUGUCUUCUCCUUUGGUGGUUACACACUUCGAGGGACCUCCAUCUUCGGACUGGCUCCUCUCAAUGCUCUGGAUGGCAAGCCCUACACCUCCAUCCUGUAUGGCAAUGGCCCAGGCUACGUUGGUACAGGGGAAAGACCCAAUGUCACCGAUGCUGAAAGCAGUGACCCAUCGUACCAGCAGCAGGCUGCUGUGCCGGUGAAGUCGGAGACCCACGGCGGGGAGGACGUGGCGAUAUUCGCGCGUGGCCCGCAGGCGCACCUCCUGCACGGUGUGCAGGAGCAGAACUACAUCGCACAUGUCAUGGCCUUCGCUGCCUGCCUGGAGCCCUACACCGACUGCAACCUGGAUCCCCCUGCAGAUGACAUCACACCAACCAACCUGGGCCAGACCACCACCACAACCCGCCAGACCACCACCACCACCACCACUACCACCACCACCACCACCACCACUAUCACUCCGGUCCAGAGCAGCGGCAGUAGCCUGGGCCCAGCCACCGCCCCGCUGGCCCUGGCGCUGCUGGCCAGGACGCUGCUGCUACUACUGGGGGCUCCUUCGGAGUCCUAAACUCCAGCUCAUCCAGGCUCCACCCACCAUGUCCUCACCUGGUCCUUCUCUGACCUCCCGCUAACCUGUCCUCAUGGUCCCCUCCCCCAGUGCUCCCUGCAUUCUGGUUGCAGACUCUACCUUUUUUUCUGCUAGUGGCCUCAACACCUAGCCCUACCUAGGGUUGCGCUUCCAGGCUCCUACCCAGGCCCUCACAAGGGGGGGACCACCUCUGAGCUAGCAGCCAGCCUCAGAUCCUAAAGAGCUCCUCCUCCACAGGCAGCAUGACAACCAUGGCCCUGACCCUCUGGGCAGUCCGGACUCUCAUAUUCCCGUCAUCCACCAGCCCCUAGCAAAAGACAGGACUCCGGCAAUAAUUUGUGGAGGACCAAAGGUGCACCUCCCCGUUGGUACUCUCUCUGAGCUUGGAUCCAUCCCUACAGCCUCUGUACCCAGGACUAAGGCACAAGAGAACACAGAGAGAGGCUGACUCCCCACCACUCCUCAGUCUAAUUUGCUGGCAGGCUGUGCUGGGUUCCCCUAGCCAGUCUUUGACAUAGUCCUUCCUCACCCUCACUAGGCCAGCUCCACAGUCAGAACCCUUCAUGGGCCCAGCCAUACCAACCCACAGAGCAAAGAUUCUUCCAUGUUUUCCAUGUCUUCAGCCCUUCCAUGUUUAUUGCCCAGCUAAGAAAUUCAAGGAGCUGUGUCC